GACGUAGUCCGGGUUGUAGCUGCCGGCAUUACGGAGCUCACCACACUCUCUCCUGACAUCUCUUCCUAGGAAAGAAAAAAGCGAUGGCAAGUUAUUCUUAAUCUUUCGUUUCGCUACCCUCCUGCUCGGAUCUCAAGGACAACCAAAUGACUGAAGAGGUAUAGCGCCAGUUGAGCCUAAAGGCUAGACACAAUCUGCAUCUGAGGAAAAUCACACGGUGCACAAUGUUUAGUGUAACCCAAAGCUCCAAGUCCGAGUUCCUGGACAAAGCUAGGCAGGCCAGGGAGGAUAGGAAAGGACAGAAGGACAUGGAGAAAUCAGCAACCCACAUCCAAGCCCUGGUCAGGAGAUUUCUCUGUCGCUGCAGACUCCAGAAGCAAAUACGGAAAGAGGUCGAUGACUAUUUUCAAGCUUCUGAAAUCGGGACAUCCAAAAGAAAUGCACUUUCAAUUUUCAAAAUUGCUAGGAAAUUACUUUUCGUAUAUCGCCAAGAGGAUAAGAUGAGGUUCGAGAAGCUCUGUCGUGCAAUCCUUGCCAGCAUGGAGGUUGAAAAUGAACCUAAAGUCUGGUAUGUUUCCUUGGCUCUCUCCAAAGACCUCACCAUUCCCUGGCUGAAACAGAUAAAAGAUGUGCUGUGGACCUGCUGUCAACUAAUGAAACAUUUAAAGCCUGACAUACUUCAGGACAAUAAAUUGGUAACGCUUUACCUCUCCAUGCUGGUGACCUUCACAGACACUUUAACCUGGCGGAUAGUCAGAGGGAAGGGAGAAGCUCUCAGACCCGCUUUGAUGAGGAUUUGUGAAAACAUCAUGGGUCAUCUCAAUCAAAAAGGAUUCUAUUCCGUUCUGCAGAUCUUGCUGACUAAUGGCUUGGCUCGUUCUAAACCAUCUCUCUCCAAAGGCACUCUAACAGCCAUCUUCUCUUUGUCAUUAAGGCCCGUCAUUGCUGCUCACUUCUCUGAUAACCUACUAAGAUCAUUCCUCCUUCACAUCAUGUCAGUUCCAGCCGUCGUAUCCCACCUCAGCGUGCUUACUCCAGAGUGUAUGUCGUCCAUUCAGACAAAUGAUCUGCUGCGUAAGUUCAUUCUGUUUCUCAGCCGGGAAGAACAGUGUUUGGACAUCUGCGUGUGUCUCGAGGGAAGCCACACACUCUGCUUACUUGGCAACCUGAUUCACUUGGGCUACCUUAAUGAGAAAGUCCUUGAAGAGGAGGCCAAUCAUUUUGUGAAGGACUUGACUGACAUGCUGUCCUACUGCCAGAGAUAUGUAUCCCAAAAGAAGUCCAACCUUACCCACUGGCACCCUGUUCUGGGCUGGUUCUCCCAAACUGUAGACUACGGCCUCAACGAAUCAAUGCCGCUGGUCACUAAACAGCUGCAGUACCUGUGGGGUGUUUCUGUGAUUCGGACACUAUUCAGUGACGUCCUUUCUAAAAAGCUGGAGAGUCAGGAGCCCACUCCACCACCCCCGCAGCCUAGCACCUCACAAAACAAUCUACCAGUUAAAAACCUCUUCAAGCGUGCGUUUCAGAAGUCGACUUCUGUACGGAACAUCCUGAAACCAGUCGGAGGGAAGCGGGUCGACUCAGCUGAAGUUCAGAAGGUGUGCAGCAUCUGUGUGCUCUACCAGACGGCUUUGUCCACACUAACGCAGAUACGACUUCAGAUACUCACCGGUCUGACAUAUCUUGAUGACCUUUUGCCCAAACUUUGGGCCUUCAUCUGUGAGCUCGGUCCUCAGGGAGGCCUCAAACUCUUCAUGGAGUGUCUAAAUAACGACACUGAAGAGUCCAAGCAGCUCCUGGCUAUGCUCAUGCUCUUCUGUGACUGCUCACGGCACCUCAUCACAAUUCUGGAUGACAUUGAAGUAUAUGAAGAACAAACAUCUUUCAAGAUUGAAGAACUCAUCACCAUCUCUUUAUUUCUAAACACAUUUGUGUUCAAGAUGAUAUGGGAGGGCAUAUUAGAAAAUGCGAAGGGAGAGAAACUGGAGUUGUUCCACAGUGUUCAUGGCUGGUUGAUGGUGCUUUAUGAGCGGGACUGUAGGCGACGAUUCUCUCCUGAUGACCACUGGCUACGCAAGGACCUGAAGCCCAGCCUGUUGUUCCAAGAGCUUGAGAAAGGCAAGAAAAGAGCCCAGCUUGUACUGCAGUACAUCCCACAUGUCAUCCCUCAUAAAAACAGGGUGCUGCUGUUCAGAAAUAUCGUUACGAAGGAGAAAGAAAAUUUAGGAUUGGUAGAAACAAGCUCUGCGUCACCACAUGUCACCCAUAUUACCAUUCGUCGCUCACGGAUGUUAGAGGAUGGAUAUGACCAGCUCCGCAGAUUACCGGCGAACUCCAUCAAAGGCGUCAUUCGUGUCAAGUUUGUCAACGAUCUUGGAGUAGACGAGGCUGGUAUCGAUCAGGAUGGAGUGUUCAAAGAGUUCCUAGAGGAGAUCAUUAAGAAAGUGUUCAACCCUGCUCUCAACCUUUUCAAGACUACGAGUGGAAAUGAAAGGCUGUAUCCUUCACCGACAUCUUACAUCCAUGAGAACCAUUUGCAGCUAUUUGAGUUUGUAGGGAAAAUGCUCGGGAAAGCCAUAUAUGAGGGCAUCGUUGUGGACGUCCCUUUUGCCUCUUUCUUCCUCAGUCAAGUCUUGGGUCACCACCACACCACUUUCUACAGCUCUAUCGACGAGCUGCCGUCUCUGGACUCUGAGUUUUACAAGAACCUCACUUCCAUCAAGCGCUACGAUGGAGAUGUAGGGGAUCUAGGACUGUCGUUAUCCUAUGAUGAAGAUGUUAUGGGCCAGCUUGUCUGUCAUGAGUUGAUACCUGGGGGGAAAACCAUGCAAGUCACCAACGAAAACAAGAUCAGCUACAUCCACCUCAUGGCUCACUUCCGGAUGCACACGCAGAUUAAGGAGCAAACUGCGGCUUUUAUCCGGGGCUUCCGCAGCAUUAUUAAUCCAGAGUGGCUGCACAUGUUUUCCACGCCUGAGGUUCAGCGUCUUGUCUCAGGAGACAAUGCAGAGAUGGAUCUCGAUGACCUCAAGAAGCAUACGGUCUACUAUGGAGGUUUUCACAGCAGCCAUCGUGUCAUCAUCUGGCUGUGGGACAUCAUGUCCAGUGACUUCACUGCUGAGGAGAGGGCUAUGUUCCUUAAAUUUGUUACCAGCUGCUCGAGGCCGCCUCUUUUAGGUUUUGCCUACCUCAAACCACCUUUCUCCAUCCGUUGUGUGGAAGUUUCAGAUGAUCAGGACACCGGAGACACCCUUGGCAGUGUUCUUCGGGGCUUUUUCACAAUCCGCAAGAAGGAGCCUGGUGGUCGACUUCCUACUUCAUCAACAUGCUUUAACCUGCUCAAGUUGCCCAAUUACAGCAAGAAGAGCAUCUUGCGUGAUAAGCUGCGCUACGCUAUCAGUAUGAACACAGGCUUUGAGCUCUCCUAACUCGGUUGCAUCAGGACAAUCUUCACAGGUGGCUUGUGUAAAGCAGCCUGAGCCGAGCAAGAGGCUCGACAUACCGGGGCUGGAGCCUGUCAAGUCAAAGGGGGAUCACCUAAACAAAAGGGAAUCAAUGAAGGACCUACAAGGACUCUCCUUUUGUCUCUUUUUAAAACUGGACGAGCUCUGCUCUGCGUCAGCCCACUCUUUGACAUCAAGGGGAUAAUGUUUCUGCAGCACAAUCCAAUUUUUAGCAUCUCCCUUUGCCAUUUCCAAAAUUCAAUAUGUUGUAUAUUUAACUUGAUGAAAUACGGAUAUACAGUGGCUAGAACUCUCAUUCUCAGGCUUAACAGAAUCACGCUCGGAUACAACACUCCCAUUUUAAGAAAACUGAAAAGCAAUACAGAUGCAAUGCAAACCAUUAUACAUAUGGUCGACUCACUCGAGUGAAACCAAGCGAUGCGUUGUUAAUAUACUUACGCGCUUGGACCCCAUUAUCCAAGCAACUUUUAGCUGAUAUUGGAUAAGUCUUAAAAUGUUCUGCUGAACAUAAUGCAUCUUUUAUAAUGGAAGACAAAUCAAUGUCUUGUAUUCAACCUCCACGAAGGAGAAGUGGCUCACAGCAGUGAGACUGUGUUGAUUACAUUAUGUCCCAUUUUGAGUGAAAUCAUUUUGACCUCACUCCAUUUCUCCCCACUAAAAGACGCUGCAGAGGGAGACGCUGGGCCGCUGGUUUUUAUGUUCUCAUUUGAAAAUCUGCCUCAUUUCUGCUGACACAGCAGAGAUUCUUGACAAGAAAACAAUCUGUUCCUGCUGUUGUUUGAUGUAGAAAAGAUGUCCUUGCUGGAACUUUUUUACUUUAAAAAAGGGCCCUCAAUUGUACUUGCCCAGUAAAUCACAGCAGCAUUUUGUUUGUCACACAUCUGUGCUUGACCUUGUCACUCUAAAAAUUGAGAAGUAAAGUGAAUCAAUGAUGUUGGUCUUCAUACUUAAUACUAGUAAAACUGAAGAUUUUUCACAACUCCUUUUGAAUAACGCUGAGUGCCUCAUAUAUUGCCACCCCCCUUUGACUGUAACCAAUAACCACAUAUAUUGGAAACAAGCCAUAGAAACGGGGGCUAUGUACCUGGACUUAUUCUCUACUUCUAACAAAAUAGCGCAGAAACCCAACCACUCUACCAACAACAACAACAACAACAACAACAACAACAACAGGGUUUAAUACGAUGCCCUCCGAUCUCUGUGGACCUUUUGAGCCAUGCGGAAAAAUAAUUUGGGGUUUAAACACCUGUCAACAUGAUGUCAUGGACUGAUUUCUUUGUUUUAUGUUCCCUUGGAUGGAAAUGUUGCGGAAAGGGAAACCAGGUGAAAUGUUACCUUAUCAGUCUAAAUAUUACUUAACACAGGGUUCAAUUAGAUCAUAACGUUAAGGAAGUUAGUGAUCUACCAGAAAGAGGACUUCAACUUCCAAAGAAGGGUUAAAAAGUAAAUAUCAAAUCUUUAAGACGUUCUUUAUUAUGCAAAAAAAACACAACUCUUGUCAUGAAUGAGUAUGAAUACUUGUUAAUAAGCAACACAAGCUAUAGAACAUACUGGUCAUUAUUGCCAUGAUUCUAAUAUUGUGGCCAUUAAUUUGUGAAAAAGUGAUUAUAAUAUGUAACAUUGGUCGUAUUUAAAUAACCUGCAGAAUACUAAUGAGAGCAAACUAUGUUCUGAUCAGACAAAUCCGUCAGGAGGAUCUUGCUCCAGCUCCUCAUCUAUUCCAGCAAGAAGUGUAAACACUGCAAAUGGAUUUAAACAACAUGCUACACUUCAGUGUGCGAGAGCUAUGAAAGUUACCUCAAAAGCUUGUCUGUCACGUGAUGAGGUCACUCAUCUGAUUUAAAAUGAUGUCAAGAGUAGGCUAGACUUUAAGUGUACCGGUGGACUGCUGAUGCUGACUGUUGACUAUCUGCUCUUUUAGUACAAAAACUAAUAAAAAUGACCCUUGAAAUGUU